CCGGGCAGGGUCAGGGCCAUGGCCGCGAUGGCGGGGUUGGGGGAGCCGCGCUCCUGCGAUACGUUCGUGGCGCUGCCGCCCGCCACCGCCGGCGCCCGCCUCAUCUUCGGCAAGAACUCGGACCGCGAGGCCGGCGAGGUGCAGGAGGUGCUGCACUGCCCCGCCGCCCGCCACGCGCCGCGCGCCCGCCUCCAGUGCACCUACAUCGAGAUCGAGCAGGCGCCCCUCACGCAUGCCACUGUCCUGAGCCGCCCGGCCUGGCUGUGGGGGGCCGAAAUGGGAGCCAACGAGCAUGGGGUCUGCAUCGGAAACGAAGCCGUGUGGGGGAGAGAAGAAAUCCAGGACAAAGAAGCUCUCCUGGGCAUGGACCUCGUCAGACUUGGACUUGAAAGAGCUGAUACAGCUGAAAAGGCCCUUACUGUCAUUGUUGACUUGCUAGAAAAAUAUGGACAGGGUGGAAACUGUAUGGAGAGUCAAAUGGCAUUUACCUACCAUAAUAGCUUUUUGAUAGCUGACAGAAAGGAGGCUUGGGUAUUAGAGACUUCUGGAAAAUACUGGGCGGCAGAAAAAAUAGAAGAGGGCGUGCGGAAUAUUUCCAACCAACUCUCCAUAACCACCAAGAUUGAUCGGGAACACCCAGAAAUGAGAGCAUAUGCAAAGAGCAAAGGCUGGUGGGAUGGUGAAAAAGAAUUUGAUUUUGCUGCUGUGUAUUCCUACGUAAAUACAGCCAGAAUGACUAUGUCAAGGGGCAGAUACUGUGAAGGUUAUAAGCUACUAAAUAAACACAAAGGCAAUAUAACUGCUGAAACAAUGAUGGAGAUUCUUCGAGAUAAAGAGAGUGGCAUUAAUAUGGAAGGAGGAUUUAUGACUACUGGAAGUAUGGUCUCCAUUUUACCUCAGGACUCUAGUCUACCUUGUAUUCAUUUCUUUACAGGAACCCCAGACCCUGACAGGUCUGUAUUUAAGCCUUUUAUUUUUGUGCCAAAUAUUACUCAGUUACUAAAAACCAACUCACCAACGUUUGGUGAGAACGACCCAGUUAAAAAGAAACCACGUUUUCUGACUCAGCCAGAUCGAAGACACGAACUCUAUAAAAAACAUGAACAUGCAGCUGAAGUAAUGGAAGCGUGCAAGGAGAAAGGAAAAGAGAUUCUGGAACGGAUAAGGAAGCUGGAGAAAGAGAAAAUAAGUGAGAUGGAAUUGAUCCUGCAGAACAAAUACCUUGAUGUUAACCAAGCCGUGCACCUUUUUUCAGAGUGUGUAGAAGAAGAAAUUGGUGCAUAUGCCUAAGGGUACAACUCAAAUGCAGCAAAAUUCAGCAUCAGCAAUCAGCCUUUGUAGGCUCUGUGGAUUAAAUCUUACUUUUCAAAAGCCAGUUCCCAUUAAGAGUUAUAUAUUUUGCACAUAUUGUAAAAGAGCUUUAGGUUUGAAGGAACAGACUAAAAAGUCUUUCAAAAGUAGGGAAUAGGUUUGCAUGUAAAUGACACAUGAUUGUAGGCUGGCAGCUGAGGGAGCACUAAAUAGAGACAACUAACUUUACUACUAGAAAUAUUAAGAUGGAGAUCUUCAUUCUAUAUACAGUUCUGAUUUGGACAACGUUUUCUGCGCAUGCAGAUUUUAUAAGCCGACUCAAUACUCACCUGGAUCUUAGGAACAGGAUUUCAUUGCAUCUCUAUUAAAACAGCUGAGUCUGAGGACUCCUUAUAAUACACAUUACCAAUAUGUAUCAGUUUCCUUUUGAGAUUCUGCAUAAAACAAGUAAAUCAUUUAACCUAAAUUAAACUUUCAAGUGUGCAACUACCACUCUACACCAAAAUAUUUUAGCUGUCAUUAAGUUUAUAUAGCUAGUGUAUAUCUGAAUGGACUAAAGAUAAAUCCUCCUCUAAUAGGACAUCUGGGUAACAGUCAUGUUGCCAGUUUCACAAUUAUAAAUAACAAAUGCAUCUUUUAACAAAAAAUGCAAAGAGUAUCCCUUAGGUAAGUUGUUUUAACAAAUCUCUACAAUAAGGUGUCUUGAAAUUUGAUAGAUUAUAUACUUAGUAAGUAGCUAGUAUUCUAGGGGUACAAAAUAUCCUGCCAGUUACAGUAAAACAUUAAAGUUGGCAUUUCCCCUAUGUUUUGAUUUGCUAACCCUCACCUGAAAAAUAAAUUAUCUUCGAUUUCAUGUACUGUUUUCAGAGUUGUAUGCUUCAAUUAAUUCUGCUAAUGCACUUUAGAAUACAACUCUGGAUUGUUUUGUAAAGAGUAAUGAAUUUUUACACGUUUAAACACACAAGUACAAUGAAAACUAGUGCCAGGUAUUUAAAGGUAUAGAGUACGUGUACAGUAAUACCAUGGCAGUUUAAAAAUUAACUUUCUAAACUUUUCCACUUAAUCUAAAGUAUAAAAGUUUUAAUCCAUAAUUUAUCUUGCCAAAGUUACCAAUCUAAUCAUGCCUUGCUCCUUCCCCACUCUUUCUCUUUGAUCCUUUUGUAACGUAACAAUGAAUUUAUGACAUGAUCUAAAUAUCUGUGGUAAACAAGAACCUGAAGAACAGAGUAUAUAAAAAUAAUUUAUGAGAUGAUAGAGACUGUAAAUGAGUAUCACAGAAUGUGGAAGAGGUACCUUCUAUACAAAAAUGGUUUGAAGAUUUUUAAAAACUUUUUUUUAAACUCAAAUUUUUCCCUAGGGAAAAACCUUAUAGUUAAUUGGAUAGACAGACAGAAGCCAAGCGAUAUUUGAGCUGGGAAGCUUCACACAGGUUAACAUUGUAUUGAGACAUAUUGGCAUCUGAUUAUUUUGCUUAUUUUUCGUUUAGUGAAAAUGUGAAAUAGUGUAAAAAAAAAAAAAAAAAAAUCUAGUCUCUGAUACAGAGAUAGUACCUGCUAGCAAAGCUAUGAAAACCUCAAACAGGAAACCAUAGCACCCUACAGCUAAUAUGAAAACCGUCUCCUGUGAAGAGAAUCUCUUGAGCCAUUCUCAGGCAAGUGAACCCUUUCAUAGAUUUGGAAGUGACAGUUAGCAUACUUCUAUUGUAUUCAGUAGAAGGUCUAAAAUUAUAACCAAGAUUAUGGCCAUGGUAAAUGUUCCAUAAAGCCUUAGAACAGUUAAUGCAGAUGCUUCUCUUUCCAUAAUGGUUACGGCAGAUUUAGAAUGUAUACAGUGCCCUAGAAAUAAGGCCACCUGUUCUACCUAUUUCUUUAUAUUUAAUCACACACUGGUCGUAUUAGCAGAAUGGCAUACUUGUAUGCAUCAUCUUACCUCUGCUAUCCUCUUCUGUGUCUUUAUAUAUCCAAUGACUUUCCAAGUUCUCCACUUCUUGCAUGAAAAAUUAUCAGUGUUCUGUUAUACGAAAAAGCUUAUAUAGACCUCAGUUACUUCUGAUAUGACUAUUUCCUUCCAGUACCUUUGUAUUUUAAGGUUACUUACAAGGUACUGUAUACAGAUAAACGGGGG